CUUGUAGGUCUUAGACUUUUUGCUUCUGGUUCUUAUCAGAAUCCAGUAGUUCAAGACAACACUUUAGAAAUUAGCCAGCUAUCGGUAAGCCGUUGUAUAACAGCAGUAAGCGAGGCAAUAAACGUUAUCCUUCCUCAUCACUACAUAAAAUUUCCAAGUUCUGAAACUGAGAUGGCAUUGGUCAAACAAAUAUUUAUGAGUUUAGGUGGCUUUCCGGGAGUGAUAGGUGCUAUUGAUGGAACUCACAUUCCUAUAAUUGCACCAUCACUUAAUGAUCCCGAUCAUAAGGAAUUUACAUAUAUCAAUCGAAAGGGAUAUCAUUCCAUAAAUAUCCAAAUAGUGUGUGAUUCAAACAUAAAAAUAAUUAGCAUUAAUGCAAAAUUUCCUGGAUCAGCACAUGAUUCGUUUAUAUGGAAAAGCUGCCACUUAAGACGAGCUUUUAUAGAGGGAAGAAUUCAAACAAAUAAUAAUGCUUGGUUAAUAAGGUGA